UGCCAGCCGCGAUUUUUCUGACUGGAAAUGCUUAUGGCCCAUUUUCUGAGAUAUGCCAGUGUCUGGGCCUGGAAUCACUCUCGACAAGACACUGCUAUAACAUCCAGAGAGUGUAUGUGCUGCCGGAAGUUACCAGUGUCUGGAACUUGCACAAUGAGGCAGUGAUGGCAGCAACUGGCGAUCAGGUUGUCACUGUGUCAGGCGAUGGGCGAUGUGACAGCCCUGGUCAUUGUGCUACGUUUGGAACGUACACCAUGCUUGAUAUCAACUCAAGGCUCAUCAUUGCCCAGCAGACAGUGAAGGUGACAGAGGUCAAAAAUAGCUACUGGUUGGAGCCUGUUGGACUUGAAAGAUGUAUUUCCAAACUACAGGAUCACAAUGUGACAAUUUCCAUACUAGCCACAGACUGCCACCCUGCAGUGCAGAAGAUGCUACGUGAGGACCACAAGACCAUCAAGCAUGAGUUUGACUUGUGGCACAUUGUGAAAGGUGUGAAGAAGCGGAUGCUGCAGAGCAGGAAUACCGAGCUGAAGGAGUGGGUGCGCAUGGUAUCCAACCAUCUUUGGUACUGUGUGUGUACAUGUGAUGGUGACGCGUUACUGCUGAAGGAGAAAUGGACGUUCAUCCUCCAUCAUAUCAUCAAUGUUCACGAGUGGCUGUCGGCAGAGAAGAUGCUGAAGUGUGAACACGAGCCUUAUUCUGAAGAGGAUGGGAGUUCCCGACCUUGGUUGGAGCGUUCAUCCAAGGCCUUUGGCACUCUACAGAAAGUGGUCAUGGACAAGAGACUGUUGAAAAAACUAGAUAAGGUAUUGUCUUAA